GCAUUGAUGCCGCGAUCAUGUCCGACAACAUCCCGAGGCCACUUCAUCGUGGACAUGGCAUACGCAAUGGGCCAAGGGCUGAGAUGGCACGAUGCCCCUCUUCAUAAGAAUGAUGGCCUGCCUGCUGUGCGCGACACGCGGCUCAUGCAGAAACUCACAUCUUGACAAUCCGACGACGCUCUUCUGGCAGCAGAGAUGGCUUUACUCGACUUGAUCUCAACUCAAAAGAUUGGAAGCUUGGACGAAGCUUUUCUUGUCAAAGCUCUCGCUAUCGCUGCGAUAUCGCUUGCCGUGGCUUACUACCUGCGAAUUUCGAAGCCCAAGCCUCUCGAUCUCGCGCAGUACUCCCAUUUCCCCCAGCCUGAGCCAGCAGACCCCGUGAGAGGCCAUUGGCCAUGGAUCGAGAAAGCCGCUGGCGAGGGCGAUCCUCGACGAGCUUUCGACGAGAUGUUGUAUGAACAGGCUGAGAAGCUCGGUUUCCCUCCGGUCCUCCUUGUCGACUGGCGCCCAAUCGAAAAGUUCCCCAUUCUGUUCAUCCUGGACAAUGAUGUUGCCGAACAGGUCACCAAACCGAGUAAGGCCUACAGGACCAGUAUGCCGAAGCAUCCAGCUAUUCAGCAGCUGGCUCCCCUGGUGGGCGCUAGGUCUCUGGUUACCACCGACGGUGAUGAAUGGAACGCGUUGUACAAGAGAAUUCGGCCUGGCUUCCAGCCUCAACAUCUUCUCAGCCUCGUCGAUGUCAUUCUUGACAAGACAGAGACCUUCAUCGAUCUCAUGACACAAAAGGCUGCCAGCAACGAGACAUUCUGCUUGGAGACGUACACGACGAACCUCGUCUUCGACAUUAUCGGUAUCGUAACAUUCGACAUGGACCUCAACGCCCAAAUCGAUGGAAAGCAAAGCGACGUUCUCCUGACCUACCGUGCCCUCUCCGAAGCCUUUAACAAGCGCCCAUUCGGCGGCGUAGGGUGGCGCGACUACUUCUCUGCCAACGAGCGCGAAGUCCGGUACCAGGACCGCAAGCUCGACAAGAUCCUCAAAGCCGAAAUCAAAAAGCAACACAAAACCCUCCUCACCUCUGGCCCCGACACCAAGGCCAAAACAAAAAGCGUGGCAACUCUCAGCCUCCACGGCAUCCCUGCCCUCAACUCCCAGAUCCUCCAGCAAACAAGCGACACCCUGCGCGGCUUCCUCUUCGCCGGCCACGACACAACCUCCAUCCUCCUCCAAUGGAUCUUCUACGAGCUGCACACGCACCCCUCUGCCGCCGCCGCUCUCGCCGAAGAACUCACCUCUGCAUUCGGUCCCUCGCCGCACCCCUCCACCAUCGCCGCCCGCCUCCGCAGCCCCGAGGCAGCCCACCUGCUAACCCACCUGCCAUACACCGACGCCCUGAUCAAAGAAACCCUGCGUCUGCACCCGCCGGGCACCACCGCGCGCGUCGCGCCCGCGGCCUCGCACACCACACUGACCCUCCCGGACGGCACACCGCUCACCGUCGACGGCCUGUGCGUGUCCCCCCGCGCCUACACGAUCCAGCGGCACCCCCGCGUCUUCGGCGCGUCGCGCGACGCAUUCGACCCCGGGCGGUGGCUGGGCGAGCGCGGGCGCGCGAUCCCGGAAAGUGCGUUCCGGGCGUAUGAGCGCGGGCCGAGGCGCUGCACGGGAUCCGAGUUGGCGAAUCUGGAGGCGAAAAUUGUGGUUGUGUGUGUGGCGCGGUGGUUUGAGUUUGAGAAGGUGGGGUUGGGGGAGGUGGUGCGGGGCGAGGAGGCCGGGGUUGAGGAGGGGGGGAGGGUGAAGACGAAGGGGAAGUUGUUUAGUACGCACCGGGUUACGGCGAAGCCGGUGGAUGGGAUGGAGGUCAGGGUUAGGAUCAAGGGGGAGGAAAAGGAGGUUGUAGCGAAGGAGGGGUAGGGUGUGGUUGUUAGUGGGAAAGGGCUGUGUGGGAUAUGCUGGAAAGAAGUGACAGCGUGUACUAUACCAGCAAGCGCUUCGUGUGCGCGCAUGUAAAUAGCUACAGCCGAAGUGACAAGAUAUCGUUGAGAUAGCGUAAAAUUCGGUCCAAGAGACGCUCGAUGGAA